GGCGCCGUGGGAGCGCCCGAGGAGGAGAGGAGCGAAGCAAAGCGGGUGGUGAGGAGUCUCCGGGACCGAGGCAGAGCAAGGAGGCUUGUGAAACUACUGCUGGAGCAAAAGCCACCUGAUCACCUUCCCCCCACUCCUUCCAAACUCUCUCCCUGAAGUUCCUUCCAGUCUCUCCUUUGGCAUUGUCUCUGAGCAUCCAGAUAAUUUUUUAAAUCUUGAUCGUUAUGGCAAAAUCUUUCAGCGGUGUGUGGUAUAUCCAGCUACAGGCCGGAUGAUCUACAGUCAUCUGAAACAUGAUAUAUACAUUUCCUCUUCCUUGUUCAUGCCUACAUACUGACACACUACCAGUUAUGUUUCCAAAAGAGGAGUUCACAGAAAUACACAGUGCCUGAUCCUACUAGCCACUUUGAUGUUCCUCCCUGGACCAUGUAGACUAUGUCAGAGAGCCACAAUGAUCAUGCACAAUAGCAGUUCGGCCUUGCCCCUGUUUUCAAAUGUGAGCUCCUUCUGGAAGAGAGAUUCCCAUGGACCAGGACUACUUGAUGAAGGAGCAUCGCUUAUUGGCAGCUAUGAUUUUCCUCAGACCACAGAGAGCUUUCCCUUCUCCACUGUGGAAUCAACAAACACAUCCCUAAAUGCCACAAUCAAAGACCCUCUGGGUGGACACACUGUCUGGCAAGUAGUUUUGAUUGCUUUCCUCACUGGGAUCGUUGCACUAGUGACCAUCAUAGGAAACAUCCUAGUGAUUGUCUCAUUUAAGGUUAACAAACAACUGAAAACAGUCAACAACUACUUCUUGUUGAGUCUUGCUUGUGCAGAUUUGAUCAUCGGUGUUAUUUCCAUGAAUCUUUUCACCACAUACAUUAUUAUGGGCCACUGGGCUUUGGGAAACUUGGCCUGUGAUCUUUGGCUCUCCAUUGACUAUGUUGCCUCUAAUGCCUCUGUCAUGAAUCUCCUUGUCAUAAGUUUUGACAGGUAUUUUUCCAUCACUAGGCCGCUUACAUACAGAGCCAAACGAACAACUAAAAGGGCUGGAGUAAUGAUUGGUUUAGCAUGGGUCAUCUCUUUUGUUCUUUGGGCCCCUGCCAUCUUGUUCUGGCAGUAUUUCGUUGGGAAGAGGACUGUGCCUCCUGACGAAUGUUUCAUCCAGUUUCUAAGUGAACCUAUCAUCACUUUUGGCACUGCCAUAGCUGCCUUUUAUUUGCCAGUCACCAUUAUGAGUAUUUUGUAUUGGAGGAUUUACAAGGAGACUGAGAAACGCACCAAAGAGUUAGCGGGACUACAGGCUUCAGGCAGUGAGGCAGAGACAGCACGCUUUGUACACCAGACUGGCAGCUCCCGGAGCUGCAGCAGCUAUGAGCUGCAACGGCAGAGCACAAAGCGCUCCAGCCGUAAGAAGUACAGGCGCUGCCACUUCUGGCUCACAAUGAAGAGCUGGGAACCCAACACAGACCAGGGGGAUCAAGAGCACAGCAGCAGUGACAGCUGGAACAACAAUGAUGCUGCUGCCUCCCUUGAAAAUUCAGCCUCAUCUGAUGAAGAGGACAUCACAGCAGAGACCAGAGCUAUCUAUUCAAUUGUGCUGAAGCUUCCUGGUCACAGUGCCAUCCUCAAUUCCACAAAGUUGCCCUCCUCGGAAGAUCUGAAUGAGUCAGCAGAUGAACUGCAGAAAUCCGACACGGACUCACAGGAAAAGAAACCUAAAAAACUGCAACCUCCCAGAAGUAUUCAGGAUGGUGGAAGUUUCCAGAAGAGUUUUUCAAAGCUUCCAAUUCAGCCAGGGUCAGCAGAGACAGCUACAGCUUCUGAUGGCAUCUCAUCAAUGACCAAGACAUCUGCAGCCCUGCCUUUGUCCUUCAAGGAAGCAACUCUGGCAAAAAAAUUUGCUUUGAAGACCAGAAGUCAAAUCACGAAGCGAAAACGAAUGUCACUUAUCAAAGAAAAGAAAGCAGCACAGACACUCAGUGCCAUUUUGUUUGCCUUUAUCAUUACCUGGACUCCUUAUAACAUCAUGGUUCUGGUGAACACUUUUUGCAACUGUGUCCCCAAAACUGUGUGGAACCUGGGGUACUGGCUUUGCUACAUCAACAGCACAGUGAACCCAGUGUGCUAUGCACUGUGUAACAAAAUGUUCAGAAAUACUUUCAAGAUGUUACUGCUGUGCCAGUGUGACAAACGAAAACGACGCAAACAGCAGUAUCAGCAAAGGCAGUCUGUCAUUUUUCAUAAGCGGAUCCCUAGGGAAGCUUCAUAGAAUAGUAUUUUUUAAACAACUGAAAAAAUAAUGGAGAAUGGGAUGGGACAGGAUUAGAUAGGUUUGGAAGGG